CACCACAGCUUCGGUAGCGAGGGUAGCUCCCGCCAGGUCUGAGUGUCGCCAGCCCCUCCCCCAGGAGACCGUUGCACUUGGCCCCCCCCUGCUCCUCGGUAACCAUGUGCCACCGAAAGGCCGUGAUCAAAAACGCUGAUAUGUCGGAGAUGCGACAGGACUCGGUGGAGUGUGCGACUCAGGCGUUGGAGAAAUGUAACGUAGAGAAGGACAUUGCAGCCCAAAUUAAAAAGGAGUUUGAUAAGAAGUACAACCCCACCUGGCACUGCAUCGUGGGGAGGCACUUCGGUAGUUAUGUGACACAUGAAACCAAACACUUCAUCUACUUCUGCCUGGGCCAAGUGGCCAUUCUUCUGUUCAAAUCUGGUUAAAAGCAUGGACUAUUCACACACCUAGUGAU